AUGCUGUAUCAGGCACUUCGCAGUUAUGGUCAAAAGUUGGCACGUAGACAUACGCUGGAGCAAUACGUGGUUAAGAUUUCCACUGCUGGAAGGCUAAGCACUCUGGAUAUAGUAGCCUUGGGUGUGGUCAACACAGUGGGUGCAGGUGUGUAUGUCCUGGCUGGUGAGGUGGCCAUUGAUAAAGCAGGACCAUCCAUUGUGGUCUGCUUUUUAGUGGCUGCCCUAUCUUCUAUGUUGGCUGCUCUGUGCUAUGCAGAGUUUAGCGCCCGGGUUCCCCAUUGUGCUUCUGCGUAUCUAUACAACUAUGUCACUGUAGGUGAACUCUGGGCUUUCAUCACUGGCUGGAACCUCAUCCUCUCUUAUGCUACUGGUGCAGCCAGUGUGGCCCGGGCCUGGAGCUUAGCUUUUGACAACCUGAUUGGGAACCAGAUCUCUCAGACCUUGCAUGAGAGCAUCCCACUGAAUGUUCCCCAUGUCCUUGCAGAAUAUCCAGACUUCUUUGCCAUGGGCCUGGUGUUGCUGCUCACCGGAUUGCUGGCUCUCAGGGCUAGUGAGUUUGUCCUGGUUACUACAGUGUUCACAGUGGUGAAUGUUUUGGUUCUUGGUUUUGUCAUCAUCUCUGGCUUCCUUAAGGGGAAACUGCACAACUGGCAGCUUACGGAAGAGGACUACGUAAUGACCAUGUUUAGACUCAAUGACACUUCUCCAUUAGGCUCUCUGGGCCAUGGAGGAUUUGUGCCUUUUGGCUUCCAGGGGAUUCUCCGUGGAGCAGCUACCUGUUUCUAUGCCUUUACUGGUUUCGACAGUAUUGUUACCAUUGCCGAAGAAGCCCAAAAUCUCCAGCGUUCUGUCCCGAUGGGCACUGUGAUUUCAGUGUUCGUCUGCUUUUUGAUGUAUUUUGGGGUCUCUUCGGCACUUACGCUUAUGGUGCCUUACUACAAGCUUCAACCUGGGAGCCCCUUGCCUGAGGCAUUUCUCUAUAUUGGCUGGGCCCCUGCCCGCUAUGUCGUGGCUAUUGGAGCCCUCUGUGCUCUUUCUACCAGGAUCUUGGACUCUAUGUUCCUCCUUCGUUGGAUGACCUUCGUGAUGGCAGAUGAUGGCCUCCUUUUCAGUGUUCUUGCCAGGAUAGACUCCAAAACAAGCAUCCCCAUUGUGGCCACUGUGGUCUCGGGCAUUGUUACAGCGUUAAUGACAUCUCUCUUUAGACUCACUGAUCUUGUGGACCUCAUGUCAUUUGGGACCCUGCUUACUUACUCCCUGGUGGCUAUUUGUAUUCUCAUUGUCAGGUAUCAGCCCGAGUUGAAUGAUGAAGAAAAUGAAGCAGAGGCACAGGAGGAGAAUGGGCCUGCAGCAGAGAAGCUGACUCUGUGGGGACUAUUUUGUCCAGGCAGCUCCAUCCCCACUCCACUCUCUGGCCGGGUUGUCUAUGUUUGCUUCUCAUUGCUUGCUCUGCUGCUCCUUCUUCUUUGCCUGGUGCUGGUCCAGUGGCCAGUUCUACAGCUUUUGGGAAACCCACUGUUGAUUACAGUGGUUGUGCUGCUCCUGGUGCUCAUCACUGGGAUCACUGGGGUCAUCUGGAGACAGCCACAGAGCCCAACUCUCCUUUACUUUAAGGUACCCGCUCUGCCUUUCCUCCCAAUAAUGAGCAUCUUUAUGAAUGUUUACCUUAUGAUGCAGCUGCCACUUGGCACCUGGGCCCUAUUUGGUGUCUGGAUGCUGAUUGGGUUUGCUAUCUACUUUGGCUAUGGGAUCCACCAUGCAUGCAGGAUUAACCCCACAUAA